GUGUUUGUUAACGUUUCAUAGCUAUUGUCAAAAUGACUUAUCGGCGACUGUAUCAGCCUAAGGUGAAAACCGGAAACUGGUUUGAAGACCUGCUAAUAAAGGAGGAUACAAUAAAAGAAUUUCUUAACAAGAGAGGGCGGGGAGAGCUUCUUUCUCAGAAAGUGGACUUUCUCAAACAAAACAUCUUGAAGCCGGUGAAUCUCUCUGCGACAGUCAAUGGACAGCUACAUUUUGGAGAUGUUGUGAUGUUGGUGAAUGUGGGAGGAGCAGACAGGGAGCACAGCGCUCUCAGCAUCAACGCCAAUAUCGACAAUCUAGUAAAGACAUCUCCGCCGAGCAUUAAGAUACCAUGUGGGGUCAGCGGAGGAAGAGGCAUUCAAUCCUGCGUUCGCACUGCUUUUAUCAUCACCAGUGUUGAUGGCAGUCCUGAAGGAUCAACUCUGCAUUUUGACCAGAGUUUUGCUCUCAGAACAACAAGUGGCUUUGCCAAAGGACUUUACUUGACCAGUGAUAAACCGCGUUUCAUAAAGUGUGCAAAGAAGUCUGGCCUCCAAGACGUUUAUCUGGAUGAGACCUUAAGCAUUUUGUCACGGUGGAAAAUAUCGCACUUCGACCCCCAGGAAAGAUUUGAAUCUGAGGGUCUGCCAGUUCCUGCUAACGAGAAGGUGCUGGUCGUCCACUGCAUGACAAACCAAGGCCUUGCUGUUCUGAGUGAAAAGCAACUCUGGACAGCUUACGGAAGAGAAUAUGAAGUGGUAGCUCACACAUUCCUUGACACCCAUAGAGCUGAACAAGAUGUUAAUUUCUGGAUCCUUGGUACUUCUGAUCCUGCUGGGGAUGGGCUUCUAUUCCUGAGGCACUUGCAACUAGAGGUUCACGUCCAGCAGCCCACCUAGACACCAUUUAGUUUUAAUGGGCACAAACAUCAUAAACAAUACCUGAAAUUUCCACAAUAAAGGCUACCUUCUCUAAUUGAAUCAUAGCUUUUACUUGAUACAUAAGAAGCUUCGAGGCUGGACUCUGCCCAUCGUGAUAAGUUUAUAUGAUACUUCCAACCACAAACUAGCACUAACGCUUUGUCAAAUGUACUGUCUCUUCCCUUAUUAAAAUGAAGCAGCUGAAUAUUUUCA